CAGGCAGCUGGCAGUGACUGGGGAACACAAGAAGAGGAUAACCAAGCUCAGCUCUAACAUCCAGGAAGAAAGACCCAAGAAAAGGAAGCAGAGGACGGAGUCCGGCUGGCAACUAGAGGGAAUGAUGGAGAAGCACAAGAGGGCAGACACAUGGUCCCAGAAAUGAGCAGCAGCAGCAGCAGCCACAAGGAUCAGCUGAUGAUGGAGGAAAGGCAAAGUCAGGAGAAGCCUGGCAGCCUCCAGGCCCAGGUGGGCGCGUUGAUUGGACCUGAGGGCGUGGCUGAAGCCACAGGUGCCAGCGGUGAGGAUGCCUUCCUGGGCACUGUGGACGCUGCUGCAGCCGUGCAACUGCUUGAAGAAGAAAACAAGAAAGCUACAGAAGUCCUGGAGGCAGCCAUUCUGCACUAUCACCAGCUGCAGCAGAAAUACCAGAGGAUGAAGAGGCAGCUAGAAGCUCUUAGCGGCAAGCAAGGGUCUCAGGAGAGAAGCCCCGAGGGGGCUGCUGGAGGGAAAAGCAGCUUGUUACCAAGGGAGAGUGAGGCUGGAAACUUGGUGAAACUCUGCUUACUUGAAUCUGAUUCCUGCAUGAGUUAA